UAAUAAUCAGUCGAAAAAACUAGUUGGAAUACUCAUCUCAAAGUCAACAUUGUACACCCAACUGAAAUAAUCAAUGUGCUGCAAUCUUUCCUCUCAAAGGUUGCAAGAACAGGACAGACUACCCAAGAUCGUACGAAGUUUUGAAUGAUCAUCAGCUAUGGAUGUCGUGAAGAGGAGAGCCGUCAAGAACCUGGUCUCGAAGCUCACCUCUGUCUCGGAACAAACCCGCACUGAAGCCCUCUGCGAGCUACGUUUGCUGUCCAAGAACGACGCCGAAAGUCGGCCUUUGAUUGCGGAAGCCGAUGCCGUACCCUUAAUCGCCGAAUCCCUUUAUUCCCCUGCCGUAAUUCUGCAAGAAAACGCGACCGCCACGCUUUUGAACAUCUCAAUCUCCUCUAAGGAGCACCUCAUGUCGUCGCAGGGUUUCCUCGACGCCCUCUCACAUGCCCUCCGCCAUCCCGCCUCCCCUUUCGUCGCCCAAUGUGCCGCCGCCACGAUUUUCAGCCUUUUGAGCCUGGAAUCGUUUCGCCCCAUUAUUGGGCACAAGCGGGAUAUCAUUUUCGGGCUCGUGGAGAUUGUGAGGAAUCAUGGAUCGGCUGCGAGGUCGAUUAAGGAUGCUCUCAGAGCCCUUUUCGGGGUGGCGCUGUAUCCGUUGAAUCGGGCGCAGAUGGUGGAGCUUGGGGCGGUUCAGGCCCUGUUUUCGUUGGUCGUGAAGGAUGGGAGAGUUGGGCUGAUUGAGGACGCCACCGCCGUGAUUGCUCAGGUGGCCGGGUGUGAGGAGAGCUGGGAGGUGUUCAAGAAGGCUUUGGGGAUUGAAGUGUUGAUGGACUUGUUGGAUAAUGCGACUGGAUCGAGUUACAGGGUUAAGGAAAAUGCGGUUUCUGCAUUGCUGAAUUUGGUUCAGGUUGGGGGAGAGGAAGUUGCAAGUGAUGUGAGAGGGAGGAUGGAGGCGAGGGUGGUCGAUGGAAUUCUUGAUGUGGCGGAGAACGGGAGCGAAAAGGGGAAGAGCAAGGCCUUGGCGCUUUUGAAAGUUCUUGAGGCUCAGGACGCGCGGUUUGAGGCCUUGACGAGCCACUCUUCAUGAAAGUUUGAGGCGUUAGGCAUUGUAGAAAGAAGAACAGUAAUUGAGGAACGAAAGCCUCAGAAGAAAAUGUGAAACAAGGGCCUGUCUUUUACAUGGAAGCUGGCGGAGGAUGAGGCGUUAGGUUAAAGACAAAAGGAAAGGGAUCAGCGUCGAUAAGAAUUGUCUAGUCCUGUAACGUUCUCGCAGUUUUCAACUGAAGAUUUAAUAUUUGGAUAGCUGAAACAUGGGGAAUGAGUUUUUUCUUACUUCACAUAGAGAGAAGCAUGAGUAAGAAGUUCACGUUAGAGCUCAGAAAUUGCUUCUAUGUCUUUAGUAAAGGUUCAGACAUUCGGAACCAUUGGGUCUGAUUCUUUCUUA